AUGUCUCAAUCCGCAAGCAGUCUCUCUGCAGAGGAACGCCUCAAGGCCCGCAAGCCCGUCCCGAAGCCCGUCCCGGCCUAUCUCCCAACUGCCGGCUCCCCCCUGAGCGUCGACAAGAACCUCUACGAGGCCAUCCAGCAAGCUCCGAGGGUCCUCGUUGAGGAAUUCACUGUUCCUAUCCGAUCGGGAAGGGCUUGGGAGGCACCGGCAGGAUCAAUUGUGAGCAUCAGCACGCCCGAGGGGCCUCAAGUCGGCGAUCUCAACAUCUGGAACCGCCACAACCCCCGCGAACGCUUCUGGGCCUCCCGCACCCGCCAGCUUCACUCCACCCACGUGUCCACCCACGACCGCCUCUGGUCCAACCUCCCCUACAUGCGGCCCCUCGUCACAAUCCUCUCCGACAGCCUCGCGUGGUACGGCCAGGACGAAAACGGCGGCCGCGUCCACGACCUGCUGGGCACCCGCUGCGACCCGUACAUCAACACCGUGCUGUCGGACUCGCAGUACGACUUCCACUGCCACUCGAACCUGAGCCGCGCCGUGGCCAAGUGGGGGCUGAGAGAGGAGGAUGUUCAUGAUGUUUUGAAUUUGUUCCAGGUCACUGGGCUAGAUGAAAAGGGGCGUUAUUUCAUGAGCCCGUGUCCGGCUGAGAAAGGGGAUUCUAUCGAGUUCCUCGCUGAGCAGGACGUCCUCAUGGCUCUGAGUACCUGUCCUGGCGGCGAUCUCUCCCUCUGGGGCUUUGGAAGCGACAGCGAAAAGGAAAUGAUCAAGGUCUGCCGUCCCCUACACGUCAAGGUCUACCAGCUGCAGGACAAGGAGCUCCUCUCAAAGAGUGGCUGGAAGCCUGCAGAGACGGCCGGAUACAAGGGCAUGCAUGGCGUCUUUUCCCCUGAGGGAGAGCCAAGCCAGCGAAAGUAG